AGCUGGAGGCAGUGCCAGCGCGCAUCUCACCUCGAGCGUGUCAUCGGAGCCUUGUGCACGGCAUGUGUGUGUGUGUGUGUGUGUGUGUGUGUGUGAGUGUGUGUCCUGUCCGCUUGUCCGACCCGUUUUGUGUCUGUGUCUCCUCGAACGUGAUGCACACUACAUGGUGGGGAUUAUACAAAAUAAAAAUAAAAAAAUCUUAUUGCGGAGAAAUUUCUACAUUUCUUUGAUGCCGGUGAGACGCACUUGAGGAGGAUUUGCAGAAGAAAAAACGAGAUGAAUCCGGCGUAAACAGCGACAUUCUUUCGUCACACAAGUGGUGCGUUUUUGUGGAAAGUGAGAUUGAAUCCAGCUCCAAGGUGAGAUGCCAUAAUCCGCACUGGCGGGACAGCUCGGUAUCAUGGACUCCUGGAUCUUCCCAUCGUCCCCUCCCAACCUGUCGGAGCACCUCAUGUACGACAGCUUCGAGUCCGACCUCCAUGGCAACUACACGGACCACAGCUUCAACAAAACCAGCACGGUGGUCAUCACCUGCCUGUACUUUUUAGUCUGCACCGUGGGUCUGUGUGGCAACACUCUGGUCAUCUACGUGAUCCUGCGCUACGCCAAGAUGAAGACGGUCACCAACAUCUACAUCCUCAACCUGGCGGUGGCCGACGUGCUGUUCAUGCUGGGCCUGCCGUUCAUCGCCAUCCAGCUGGCGCUGGUCCACUGGCCGUUCGGCCCCGUGCUCUGCAGGGUGGUGAUGGCGCUGGACUCCCUCAACCAGUUCACCUCCAUCUUCUGCCUGAUGGUGAUGAGCAUCGACCGCUACCUGGCCGUGGUGCACCCCAUCAAGUCCACAAAGUGGCGCAAGCCGCGCAUGGCCAAGACCAUCAACUUGGCGGUGUGGGGGUCGUCGCUGAUGGUGAACCUGCCCAUCGUCAUUUACAGCGGGGUCAUCACGAAGCACGACGGCUGCUUCUGCACCAUCGUGUGGCCGGAGCCUCAGGAGGCGUACUACACCGCGUUCAUGUUCUACACCUUCAUCCUGGGCUUCUUCCUCCCCCUCAUGGUCAUCUGCCUCUGCUACUUGUUCAUCAUCUUCAAGGUGAAGUCCUCGGGCAUCCGCGUGGGCUCGUCCAAGAGGAAGCGCUCGGAGAGGAAGGUGACCCGCAUGGUGUCCAUCGUGGUGGCCGUGUUCGUCUUCUGCUGGCUGCCUUUCUACGUCUUCAACGUCACCUCGGUGACGGGGACCAUCAGCACCACCCCCAUCCUCAGGAGCACCUUCGCGUUCGUGGUGGUCCUGGGAUACGCCAACAGCUGCGCCAACCCCAUCCUCUACGCCUUCCUGUCGGAGAACUUCAGGAAGAGCUUCCAGAACGUUCUGUGUCUCCAGAAGGUGGGCGGGCUGGACGAGGCCGAUCGCAGCGACAGCCGGCAGGAUAAGUCUCGCAUGAUAAAUGACCCCACGGACACCCAGAGCACUCUGCUGAACGGGGACCUGCAGACCAGCAUUUGAGAGGCUCCUCUGAAGGUCACACCACAGAGGAAGGAGGGACGGGGACGGGGGGGGUAUAUUUAACAGCAGGUUCGAUAGGAACACGUCCCUUUUGAAGGAGGACAGAGCGUCGAAGAGGGUCAAACGGCACUGUUCCUCUAUCUGCUUUUGACACAUUGUUGGGUUUCUCUGGCUGUAAACCGAUCCGUGAUCAGAACAACAUGUGACUGUUGUAGUGCUGUAGUGCUGUAGUUUUUCUCCUGUAGUGUGUUGACUCUGAGGUAAGGUAGGCGCUACACACUAACGCCCACUUGUAAAUGGUCCCCAGGGCGACAUUUGUUUUCCCUGGAGACCCGGGAUUACGUACAUAGCAUCAGUUUCCACACUCCUGCAUUGUGUAAAAAUAACAGUACGAAACAAUAUGCUAUUGUUAACACUGCCGCCCCGUAUCUCUCCUCUAUUUCCGUUCCUGUCUCGGCCGUCAGUUACUUUUUCUAACUGUGCAGGAAGUGGGCAAAGAGACGGUGAGAGAAGUCCAACAAUUAAAGCGUCACACUGUUUCUCUAAAUCUGAAUAAGUUGUGUUUUUGUUGUUGUUUUUUUUCAGACACAGAACAUAAUCAGUGUCAGUGCCAUUGCUUCUUGUGAUCUGCAGUACAACAUUAUUUUUCACAUGCGGCUAUGUGAUGAGCGUGUAAAAUGUAAACGUGAAUAACUGUGUUCAGUUGGCGGUUAAAUAUUUUGUCUACAGUAAAGUUACACUCAUUAUUUAUUUUUAGAUUAAAGGUACCCAGCCAGCCACUAAGUAAAGUGCUGCCGAGAUGUAUAAAAUUCCACCACAAUGUCGUAUUGUGUACAUGUUUCUACUGGACUGAUUGAUUUAUGGCUUAUUUACCGUUAUCUGUGUGUGUCCUGUAAUGAGGUUUGUGUCUUUGCUUGCAGUUGUCUACUAUUGUCUAAUAUUCCAAACGGCACAACUCUAAAUAAUUCAGAGGUGAGUUUGGAGCAGACCCCCGGCUUUGUGUUUUUAUAUCAGCUGUCAGCAUAAAACCAGUUCAGAAGCAGAUGGCUCGCUUUCAUGGAGGUAGUGAAGUACUGAACUAGGACAUACACUUGAGUUGAAAGACAUGUUCAAUUUGUUAUUUUGCUGUGCCCUAUUACAGAAAACGAUGUGUUUUGUGCAUCUUUAACUUUGCAUAUAUAAGAGGCUAAGAGGCUUCUCCUCCACAUUGCCCGCUGCAUGUAAACACGUUGUGUAAUGACACUGAGCCGUCCUCGUUGUCUCAGUGACACGAGAGAGGUAGCAACACUUAUCAUGAAGAGGCUCUGGUGUUCUAUAAUCAUCAUCUUUAAGUCCAUCCUGUUUGUUUUUUUAUAUUUACACAUAAACCAUUCUAAGCUUUG